AUGAAUACUACACCGAUUUUGCUAAAUAAGGCCGCUAUGCGGAAGUAUGAGGAUCUUGAGAUCCCAUGUGAGGCUGUCCUAGCUAGUUACGUGUGGAUCGAUGGAACUGGCAUCAACCUCCGCGCAAAAGACAGGACGUUUGAUUUUGUACCGAAAAUUGUUAAAGAUUUGCCGAUCUGGUACUUUGAUGGUGGUAACACAGAUCAAGCUAAAGAUGAGAAUUCGGACACGUACAUAUUUCCUCAAGUUAUUUAUCAUGAUCCUUUUAGACGAGGAAGUAAUAUAUUGGUGCUGACGGACACCUAUUCGUUCAAUUAUCAACCGACAGGCACAAACUUCAGGAAAGCUUGCUUGAUUUUGUGCGAAAAGGGUGAAGUUGAAGAGCCGUGGUUUGGCUUCAACCAGGAGUUCUUUCUAACGGCGACAGAUGGCAGGCCACUGGGCUGGCCCCCUGGUGGCUUCCCCGCCCCUCCUGGACCAUACUACUGCGCUAUAGGAGCCAACAAAAUCGUAGCUAGAGAACUCAUGGAGGCUUUUUAUAGAUGCUGUCUUUAUGCGGGUGUACAGAUUAACGGUGUAUAUCCAGGAUCAACGCCAUCCCAGUGGAAUUUCCAGGUUGGUCCGAGUCCCGGCAUCAAAUCAGCCGAUGAUCUAUGGAUGGCGAGGUACAUAUUGGCAAGGUUAGCUGAAGAGUACGGUACCGUGGCCAAUUUUGAGCCACAGCCCAUCACUGACUGGCCAGGAAAUGGGACCUUCGUCUAUUUCUCUUCAAAAGACAUGAGAGAAGACGACGGCAUACUGGUUAUCGAGCGUGCGAUUGACAAGAUGGCACGCAGGCAUGGAGCUCACAUCAACGAAUACGAUGCUAACAAUGGCGGUGAUAAUGUUCGGCGACUCAAUGGGAAGAACGGAAUGCCACAUGUUAGAGAUUUUACCGCAGGUGUGGCUAACAGGAGUUGUUCUGUGAGAAUACCUCGUCACGUCUCUGAGGAUAAGAAGGGAUACUUCGAAGAUCGACGUCCCGCGGCCAACGCAGACCCAUACAGAAUCAUAACAAUCCUACUAAAAACUUGCAUUUUCGAUGAGUAA